GGAAAGUUGUAGUGCGCAUUGAUAUGAUUCUCAGUAUUAUAACAGUGGAUAUAUAUCACGAAUUUCUCCAUCCGCGUCCAAACCUUUGCAUUGAGAUGCUCAAUAAACUAUGGGAAGAGAUCAAUACACAUUCGCAUCUUACUUCUAUAGCAGGCUGGAAGUUAUUCCAACGUUAUGAUGACCACGUUGAAUCCACUCGCAAGUUGCUCAAUGAAUAUGAUAGUCAUGGUUUCCAUUUGUGCCUUGAUAUAAAAGAUUCGGAGACCACAGCUAUCAGUUUUACUACCCCGUUGCUGAACAAAAUCAAGAAUUACGGCAUUAAUAUUACUGAGAUAUACUUAGAUGCCACUUAUAAAAUUGCACGUGGACGCUACGAACUUUAUGAUAUUAUAGCAGAA